CCAGUAUUAAUUUUCAGGUUUGGUAAGUUGCAAUAAGAAAACAGAAACAUGUGAAAAUAAGGCAUUCAUGUAAGCUUUAGCUAUAAUGGUGAAAGUGUUAUCACAGGCUAAUUACCCUUUUUUUUUUUUUUUUUCUGUUCAUCUCUCAAAUUCCUUCAAAGUUAGAUCAGCUUCCAUGGUUUAUUUCAGGUUGUUGAUGGUCUAGGUUUCCCAUCUGUCGUUUCUAUGGCCCCUAAGAUAAAUUUCCAUAUCCUACCCUCUAAGACCCCUGGGUCAAAGACACAACCCUCAGAACUUUCAUGCAUGACUUAAAAAAAACACAACAAGCCAUCAUAACAACCCCAGAUAAACACAGCCUUGCGGAAGCGAAGGUACCUUACGUUUGCACCCCUCAACAAAAGUUAAGGGAUGAAAACCCCGCUUCCAAAGGGGAAUAAGUUAUGUCACAGAAGCCAAGCCAACACAAGGGGCUGUGCUGCUCUGUUGCAAACAAGGUUAGCAUCAUGUAUGCAUGCUGUUUUAAACAAGGUCAUGUGCACAACUGCAGCUAUUUGGUGACUGGACACUGUGAUUAGCAUCAGCCAUAGAUCUCCGCAACUGGAAAACUGUGGCAAGGGUAAGAUGAAUAAAUGUCACCUUGUGCAGUAAGAAGCUCAUUAACAUGUACUUAGGUCAAGGGAGAAGGAGAAGUUCUGAUAGGCAGAAGAAAAACAGCCAAAACCAGAAGAUUGGAAAGUUUUGUAAUAUUGAAAAAAGCUCCUUCCACUAACCAGCUGAAAACCACAAAGAAAAUUGGAUCCAUUCACCUCCAAGUCAACCGAGGAAAUUAAAUGUUAUCUGUAUUUUAAUACUGAUAGUAAACAUGACUUUUGAAGUAACUUAUGACAAAGUUUUUCAAAAUCCCUAUAAAAAUUAAAGUCAGACUAAAUCUGCUCUGGAACUAAAGAUGAUUUUUGAGGUCUUUCUGAACUGAGGAAGCAGUUGAGGCUCUGUUAGGGCAAUCUAGGUGAGCAUAAACAACAGGUUAGCCUGUUUGCCAAUUCUGAUUGAUUUUGUUUUAUUGAUAACAGACCUACUGGGCAGUCAGUUAACAUGAGAAGGCUUUAAAAAGUUUUAAAACCAUUUAAUAGCUUUAUCCCUGCAGUAAGUGCUGCCUAGCAAACAUGGAAUCAGUUCCAUACUACUGAGCAGGUAGGAACUCAAUGAGCUUAUUCGUAUUUGCACAAUGGUUAUUUUCACUAAUCUAGUCUCUCACACGGACCUAUGAAUGGAAACAGUUGUCAGCAGCUGCAUGAGAAAGCAGCUUAACCAGUUUUAUACCUUUCACAGAACCCAAUAAAAUUAUUUACAAAGACUCAUUAUUUUAAAUAGGAACUGCAUGGGUACUUUUCAACAGAGUCAUCUGUAUUCAGCCAUCUCAUUUCCUGUACCCUGUUUGGUUUGUUUUAGUUCUUCAGGCAGCUGUCACUGCAAUGAACAAGAGCAGCUGUGGUUUCCUGUUAGUGCUGGCCACUAGCACGCAAGUCACCACACAAGCAAGGGAAAGAAUAAUCUGACCCGCAGCAUUACUUCAGCUACCACUGAGCAUCAGCCCAGUCUCAAAUACUUAGCUUGGAUCAUAAGCAACUGGAGUUCCUCCAUGCAAGAGAACUGCUCAUGUCCAAUUUCUCAAAGGGAUGAGGAGGCAUCUAAUUAGUUUCCUGUCCAGCAAACAGCUAAAUUGCAGGAAAGUCUUUAAAACCUGGAUUUGUGUGCUGCAAGACCUACUACUUAAAUGGGUAUAUUCAUAACCAUCUUGUAAAGAUACCUACAGCGCAGAAGAGAAGCACACCAAAAGAAAAAGAAUCACCACCUUCUUGAGAUGCAAACGUUUGCAGGGCCUACUACUCCAGGCUUCUCUUCUCUGCAGUCUUGAAAACAGAAUUAAGGAUUCUUUUCUCUAAAAGUGAAAUAGGCAACAGAAACGACAGCAGAAAAGAAGGUACAGAAGGACCAGUAGUCAAGGAAUGAAUGGCUCAAUUUCUGCCAGCAGGCAGUACGAAGCCGAAGUUCACAAGUCUGCAUCUGAAGAGACGUAGGAGCAGUGUUCCUCCUACUGCUCUGAAAGCCUUCCAGAUGCCAACUCACCCCCUUCUUUUAAAAGAUCCCAAGUACGGAUGCCUAUAGAACCAAGGAGCAAAUCCCAGAGUGCAUUAGGUUGAGAAAACUGUCUUGGACCAGUCUAGCAGGCAGAGCCCUAACCUUUCCAAAAGUGCUGCAGUGCUUGCUGCCGUGUCAGAGAAAUUGGGCAUAAGAAAUGCUACUUAAUCAAGAAUGUCUACCGAGGAUUUAGAAGCGUAAGGAUCAGAACAGAAGUACCUGGGAUGCUGUCAGACGAUCUGUCUUUGAGCAGCAUCAGUAGAAAAAAAUCCUGGAUGGAUUCAAAGGUUAAAAAGACAUGUAACAGACAGACUGGGACAAGAUUGAAUCUUACACCUGUGGCAGGUCAGUAUUCAGUCCUUGUAGCAGCUAGGCUGUUGAAAUGAAAGAACUGUUCCUCAUUGGACAAAGCCCAAUUUGGCAUUAUUUCACUGAUCUCUUAAGUUCUUUAGGAAUAGCAUAGAUCUGUGUCAGAUUUUAAGCACUUUUGUAUUACACAUGGAGAAUAAAACUGUUUCCUAUUUCAUUUGAACCUUCUAUUCACUUGAGCCUCCUUAUUAGUAGACAUUGUUCUAUUAUAGGGUAUCUAAGGUUAUCCAUAUGUAACCAAGGCAACUGAACUAAAAAAAAAAAACAAGCUGCUAUUAGACAAUACAUUUUGAAAUGGAAGAAAUAAUUUAAUCUUAUCAGUUGGGUUGCAGCUCUAAAGUUCACAUAAAGUAAGGAUAACAAAUUCUGUUUGUUGUAGUGGAUCUGUUCCUGAAAUUGUUUUAACUCAUGUAUUGGGGAGACUUUUGCCUCUUACCUGCAAAAAUUGUUAACAUCACUUAACUUCUUUAAGGAUUCAACCUUACUGUCACUGUUUUUCCUUUCUUACCUGAUACGUUAUUGUGUUGAACUGUUCAUUCUGUCUUUUUUUGCUGAGUUGUGUAUUAUUAUUCUAUAAUUAUGUAAUAUAAGGCUUUCAAAAGUAUAAUUGUCCUUUAAAAGCUGUUUUAUGAGCAUAAAUUUAAAUGUGUAACUGGAGAAGUUUGGAUACUGUAUGCCAAUUUAAGUGUUACUUGUUAUGGAAAACUGCAACACUAGUUCCUCUGUUUUGUAGCUUCUUUGUAUUAUGUUGACAUAUUUAAUUUCAGCAGUUGUACACUGUUUUUCCAGUUGCAUCUAUAAUAUACCUGAGUUUAGUGUUCCAGGAUGUUUGUAAUUUUUUCUGUUACUAUGAGCUUUGUGAAUGUGCAGAUUUAUUGACCCCUAGUGGAUUGUGAACAAAAUGUCUGUUAAUUUAAUAAGUGUUAAAUGAAAAAAUGCAAAAAUUUUUGAUUUGUUGUAUCUUUUAAUGUUCUUUCUUCUACUUACAGAUGGAUUAGUUCCUGAAUUUCUCUGCUGGUGUUCUGUUUUCUACCUCUGCAGAAUUCCCUACUGCAGUAGCUUAUUAACAACACUGCCAAAACUUAUAAACAUGUAGUUAGGUGUCUGCAUUUUAAUGCAUAAAAUGCUUGUAGCUGUAGCUGAGUAUUUUAAAAUGACAAUAUAGCAGAUAACUUAAAUCUAGGAUUUCUGUUUUGUGGUGUGUAAGGUAGAUAACUUUUUAAUAAGCUUAGAAGUGUUUUGAACUUCAACAGUAUGAUAAAUGUGUGGAUUAAAGCAACUUCUAAAUUGUCUGCUCAAGCGUCACUGUGACCUCUUAAUGCUUAUUAAAUACUUAAAAAUUUAUUGGUAAUAUCCUGAAAUAUGCCUUUAAAAUAUUCACUUACCAAAUACAGUACUUUUAUGCUAAAACAGCAAUGUUAAUUUAUAGCUAUGUAAAUUAUGAAAUUCUACUGAAUUUUUCUGAAAUUUAAGAGACUCUAGUAUAUUUAAUUGAGUUAAAAUUGUUAUUUUUUCCAGGGGAUGGAAUUGUCCUAACUGCUGUAAAAGUUUGAGACACUUAUUUCACAUCAAUUACAAUGUAAAUUCACAUGAUGUUAAUUAGUGAUAAUAAAUGAGCUUAAGUCUGCUCAGGUGAUAGAAGAGUGAGUAAUAAAAGUUAGGUUCCUGGAAACUUUGUUAGGGUCUUUUCAGUACAUACUGACCUUCACUACAGGUCUGCGUCUGCUACGUAUUUCCAAGUAUAAGAAUCAUAAAUUAAGCCCUACUGUAGAUAAUUUAGUAUGCUAAAUAAGCUUGACCCAGUAAAUAACUUCCUUUUUUAUCAUGCAUUUAAUUUUAUAAGCAUUAACUAGUAUUUUUACUAGUAAAAUUAUGAAGUAUUCCUUUGAAAUUUAGGUAUUUUAAAUUUAAGAAAAAGCUGGAAUCAUUCUUAUUGUGCUAGUGUUUAGUGUUGUAGUUACUGCAUAAACCACACUGUUCAAAGUCAAACUUAGCCAACAAUCAAAAAUGUCGAAAAGAUCUCAAAUUCAUAUUUUUGUUGGAGCGCCCACUAUUCCAAGCCAAAUGGACAUGUCUGAAGAAAGUAGUUUGGCACCUGCUGUUGAAAAAUGGAGAGAACUCCACUGUUCAUUUGAUAUACAUAGUCUUUUUUCUGAAAAAGUCAAAGGGACAGACUGUUUAAUGUUUCAGGCAGGAAGCUCCCCAGUCACAGCAGUUUCUGCAAAUGAUGACAGCUCUCAGCAGCCUGAACAGGGGCGAUUAACGACAGCAAAAGAAUGUUUGUCAUCUUUUGUACCUAUUGUGGGAAUUUGUGCCAGUACACCCCAAAAGACCAGAAGUUUAAUUCAUUCUGAUUGUCAAAUAUCCAGAGAUGGACAGGAACCUGCAAACAUAAAUCCGGCUGCAGAUCAACACCUUCCUCAAAAACUUGUGAAAUCCAAUAGACAAUGUAAGCAAUCAUGUGACUGUUCAAACAUCACUGAAGUAAAAGCCAGUCAUUUAGAAGAUAAGGGCUCUGACAUUUCUGAUUUGGUGGCUAGUACGAAGGAGAUUAGCAUACACCUAAGGUCUGUGGAACAAGGUGUUCAAUCAGAUGAUAAAAAUGGUCACCAUGAACAUCUAAGUCAAUAUCUGGAUAUGUUUUUCCCCAAAAAUCAAGAGUCAAAACCAAGAGGAAAACCAAGUGGUUGUGUAGACCUUGCAGUGUCAACUGAUACUGAAUUUCGUAGUAUAAUGACUUCAAGUCAGGUGGCUGUUUUUGCACAGCAUCACUUUAAGAACAAGAAUGAGAUGCAGAGAACUGUACAGCUAUUAGAAACAGGGAAUAAAUGUGAAAGAAGACUAUGUGAUCACUUUAAAUUUGAAUCUGAUGCUGGAACAUGUCUUAGCGUGGCUGAAAAUGACUGUGGGCAGGAGUAUACAAGUUCUCUCGAACUUUUCAGUUCGCAGUGUGAUGAGAAAAACAUUUGCUUCGAAGCUACAAGAGAAGUGAGUGCUCAUGAAAAUACAGGGAAGUCUCACAAAUCUCAUGUUUCUGCUGUGCAAUUUGAAAAUGAAAUCCAUAUUGAACCUUUGAGCUCAGGAAUACUGUGCUCUCAGGGAGAAAGUUCUCAUAAGAGCUCUUCUAAAAGAGCCCACAAGUCUGAAGAUUUUUUUCAUAUUUUCCCAUCAACAUUUAAAAGGCAGCUGAAAUGCAAGAGAGCAAAAUUGAAUUCUCCUCCAGCUGGUCCUGGAAUGAGAGUUGAUCAAGAAAGGACAGAGUUCAAGCAGUCUCAAAGGGAACUACUGUCACCACUUAAGAACUGCUGCUGCAAAAAUCAAAAGUACAAUGUGUUGGUCACAAUAGUACAUCCAUGUCUUAUCAAAGAAAUACAGAUUAAGGCUAGACCAAAAUCUUCAUGUAAAGUGCCAGUAGCAACAAUUGUAGUUACUGACCAGUCAGAGACUGAGAGGAAGGUGGUGCUAUGGCGUGGUGCUGCAUUUUGGUCACUCACUGUGUUUCCUGGGGAUAUCGUAUUACUUACAGAUAUCAUGAUGUAUGAGAAUCUUUGGUAUGGAGAAAUCAUGCUGCAAUCUACGUUUACCAGUCAGUUACUGAAUCUGGGGAACUGCUCAGCUCUCAAUCCAGAAGAAUUUUAUCAUAUAGUGGAUGGUGAUGUUCUCCGUGGCUUACUGGCAUACGUAUCAUCAGAAUUUCCUCACUUUGGACACAUUCCACGAAGGCAAGUUCAGAGACUGAAUAGUGUUCAGUAUGCUCAGCUAGACCAGCUUCAGCCAAACACAUUGGUUCACUUGAUCUUAAAAAUCAUCAACAUUGCCAUAUUAACAGAAUCCGUGUAUAGCUACAGAGGCGGCACCCAGAGAAAAGUUAUUCUAACAGUAGAACAGAGAAGAGACCGACACUACAGAAUGGUGCUGUGGGGAGCAGGAGCUGCCUGGUGCCCUCUACUUCAAAGGAGAAAAGGUCAUCUAUGGGACUUUAAAUACCUUCUGGUCCAACGUAGUUCUGUCUCAGGUGACUUAGAGUUGCACACAACUCCAUGGUCAUCCUGUGAGUGUUUGUUUGAUGAUGACAAAAAGGCCAUUGAAUUUAAAGAAAAGUUUCAGAAAAGCAAAACCUCUGUCAUGAAAAUGACAAAUCUAUCAGCACAUUUGGAUGAAAAAUGCUCAGGAGUGAUUCAAGUGAAAGCCCACAUCUUAGAGCUGAAGUUCACUGUUUUAACUGGUCAGUACAGGCAACUCAUCUUCCAUGCUGACACUUCCCUGGAGUGUGUGUUGGCUUCUCUGCCUAUGAUUACGUAUUCAGGCUGUGCUAAAUGUGGCUUGGAACUACAGGCAGAUGAGAACAUGAUCUACAAGCAAUGUUUUAGAUGUUUGCCAUACAACAAAGUAAAAACAUUCUACAGGCCUGCUUUGAUGACAGUAGAAGAUAGAGGAUGUGAAAUUAAUAUUCAUGUGGUGUCUGAGUUGAUGGAAAAAAUCUUCCUCAAUAUUCCUGCCGACUGGCUGAACAGAUCAUGCCUUCCUCAGAUAUAACGUACAGCACAAUAGUAGCAGAUCUGUGUCAUUCACUGCUAGCAGAUACAGAAGCAUCGUACUUCUUGGAAAUUAAGAGCCAUUUUGUGCUAGAUGAAAACAGCUACCCUUUGCAAAAGGAUUUCCAUCUGCUAAAUUUCCAUCCUGAUCUUUGAAGCAUUGACCUCUGCCACAACUGAAUAACACUGUAAGAACAAGAUUGCAAGCAGAAGAAAAAUUAAUUAGCUCAAGGAAGCAAAUAUUUUUUUUAAAAUACAAUAAGCAUUCUUGCAUUUAACUUAUUUCCCUCAAAAAACACAAAAGGACUGGUAUGGAAUAUCUGCUAAUUGUAUAUACUACCGCUGUAAAACUGAUGAAUUGUCAUAAAAUGUAUUUUUAUACAUAUAUUUUGAUUUUAAUAAACUCUUGCUGGUAUCUCA